AUGGGCAGUCGCCUUGAGAAGAACUCUUCGCAGGUGAGGAAGAGGAUCGAGGGUCAUGAGUUUACCGAUGAAACUGGGGAAGAGUACGAACAAAGCGCUUUUGGCGGCUUUGGCGACUAUUUCCGUCGGAAGAAGAUCAAGUUGCAAAACUUGGACGCCGAUAUCCGCGCCGCUUCAAGUGACAAGCCUCAGAUAUUCAAAGGUGUUGUUGCGCAUGUUAUGGGCUAUACGCAACCGCCGCUUCAUGUCUUACACCGCGAGCUUGUCCAACACGGCGCAGGCUUCUUGCAGUAUUUAGAUUCAAAGACCAUGGCAACGCACAUAAUAGCGUCUUCUGUUCCGCCCAAGAAGUCCGUGGACUACAGCAAGUAUAGGCUGGUAAAGCCAGCCUGGGUCACCGACUCAAUUCAAGCCGGGAGACUCUUGCCCUGGUCGGACUAUCGAGUGAACAACAAUGAUGGACCGCGGCAAAAGGUCUUCAAGAUUGAUGAUUCCAAUAAGCUCAGCCAAUCGACACCACAAGUCAAAAGAGGCUAUAGAGACCAAACUGAUGCCAGCUUCUACACCAGCCAAUUCAAACGGUCUACUGCAAGUCCCGCCACGCCCUCUCUGAGUCGAUUCGCUGAACGGUCAGAGUCCCCGCUUGCUCAACGCCAUGGUCGCAGCUCAUAUAGCCCAGCGGUGUCUGAGACUAUGGAGAAGCCGCCACUGGAGCCGAAGGACGAGGUUGAAGAAUUUGAUGACAUGGAAAUUGACGAGCUUAUGGUCGGCAUAGUUCCACAGGAGGCCACAAUAGUCAAGAGGGAGACGCUUGAAGCAAAGGUCGCACGCCCGAUAGUUGACGAAGAACCCACGCGGGAAUCCGAGGAACCGAAGCAGGAAACCAAGUUGUCGGAGAACAUGACGUCUGAGGAACAUAACGCCAUACUUCUCUCGGAUCCCAAGAUUUGGAAAUCGUCAACGGCAAACCCCGAUUUCUUGAAGCAGUUUUACUCUGAAAGUCGUCUUCACCACCUUUCGACCUGGAAAGCCGAAUUGAAGUCGAAAAUGCAGAACCUCGCCAAAGAAAAAGGACCGUCUCUCAAGUCGGUGAGGAGGAGACCAGGAUCACGACGGUACAUUAUUCACGUCGAUUUUGACAGUUUCUUCUGCGCUGUUUCUCUGAAAAAGAACCCGCAGUAUGUCGACAAACCAACUGUUGUUGCUCACAGUAGCGGCACCGCCUCGGAGAUUGCAAGCUGCAACUAUGUUGCGCGCAAAUUUGGAGUCAAGAACGGCAUGUGGAUGAAGCGAGCACUGGAGCUGUGUCCGGAUAUCAAAGUCUUGCCCUAUGACUUUCCGGCCUAUGAAGAAGCCAGUCGAUUGUUUUACGAAUCUAUCCUCGACCUCGGAGGGGUUGUUCAGAGUGUGAGCAUUGACGAGGCGCUCGUUGACAUCACGUCAAUCAUCCUUUCCUCCGCCGGAUCUGAUGGCACUGGAGUCGACGAAGGCAGCAUAUGGAGAGAACAGGAAAAGGCUGAGCAGAUUGCUCUCACCCUACGCAACAAGAUAAAAGACGCGACUGGCUGCGCAGUAUCGGUUGGCAUUGGAGGCAACAUUUUGUUGGCCAAGGUCGCACUACGAAGAGCGAAACCUGCCGGACAAUUCCAAAUCAAGCCAGAGCAGGUAUUAGAAGUUAUCGGCGAACUCGAGGUAAAGGACCUGCCUGGGGUCGCCUACAGUCUCAGUGGAAAGCUCGAGGAGAUUGGUGUGAAGUUCGUCAAGGACAUCCGACAAGUAUCCAAGGAGCGGUUAUCCUCUUCGUUGGGACCAAAGACGGGAGAGAAGCUCUGGGAGUAUGCCCGCGGCGUCGACAGAACCGAAGUGGGCGAGCAGCCACCCCGAAAGUCCGUCUCAGCUGAGGUGAACUGGGGAAUCCGCUUCAUCAAUCAGCAGGAAGCCGAGGAGUUCCUCCUCAACCUCUGUAAAGAGUUGGAGAGACGCCUGCUCGGCGAAGAGGUCAAGGGCAAGCAGUUCACCAUGAAGAUCAUGCGCCGAGCUCAAGACGCACCCCGAGACCCACCGAAGCAUCUGGGCCAUGGGAAAUGCGAUUCGUUCAGCAAGAGCAUCUUGUUUGGGGUUGCAACUCACAAUGCCGAAACUAUCGCCAAAGAGGCUGUCUCGAUUCUUCGAUCGUACAAGUUUACCCCGGGUGACCUUCGAGGUCUUGGUGUCCAGUUGACGAAACUGGAGCCUCUCAAAUCAAGUAUCACUGGGCUAGAGAGCAGCCAACGACGGUUGGCAUUCCCUAAUUUCGGUGGCCAGCCGGCGGCGAAGAAGGCUCAGGUAGACCCGAUUGAGGAUUCAAAGAGUCCUCAAAAGACAAGGGACAACCAAAGCCGGGAUGACGUGUCUCUGGAUCCCAUCGCAGAUGACCCUUUAACACCAAGAAAGCCCAAAGUGCACCCUGCUUUGGCUUUAUCACGGGCUGGUGAGAAGGACUCAAAAGCUCACACUCCAUUGAACAUUAUGGGCACCCAGUUCAUCCUACCCUCUCAAGUCGAUCCAGCAGUGCUGGCUGAGCUGCCUAGUGACAUCCGGGCCAAGCUACAAAGAGGCCGCAAGCCGAAGCCAGAGUCUAGGCAGGCAUCUCCUCUAGUGAAAUCGCGGAGUAACAGUCCAGCGAUUCUGGACGAGAUGGUCCCAUCCCAGGUUGAUCCGGAGGUCUUUAACGCUUUGCCUGAUGACAUGAAGGCAGAGGUCCUGGCGCAGUAUGGACGCAAGCCGGUGCAACAAACCCGUUUGCCGCAAUCACCACGCAAGGACAGGCUCAUCCAGGCCAAAAAGGCAACAACGCCGACAAAGCGUGGUGGCAAGAGCUUGUCCAAUGCCAGGGAGAGGCAGCAGGAUGCAGCUGCCAAUCGCCAGCAGACAAACUUCUUGGCGAGUAAAGGAGCCGCCAACGUCGCCCAGGAAGACGAGCCAGAGGAGCUGGAUCAGGCCUUUCUUGCAGAGCUGCCAGAGGACGUCCGCAAGGAGAUCAUUGAGGACCACCGCAAAAAACGGCUGGCCAAACGCUCUGGUCUCCUUUUCAACGCUCCUCGAAGGCAACAAAAUGGCGAGUCUAGCGAUGCCUUGCCCGCCGGGCAAACCAAGCUCUAUUUCCCAGCGCCGCCACCCAAGAUGAACUUCAUGGGCUCCGCCGUCAAGUCGAUCCAGGAAAUCAAGGACAUGCUCGAGGCCUGGCAUGACGGGACACGGUACGAAGGCCCCCACCAAGACGACGUAGUCGUCUUUGAAAAGUAUCUCGCCAGGGUCGUCUCGGUGGAGCGAGACAUGGAAAAGGCUUCGAAGCUGGUGCGGUGGCUCGACUGGCUGGUUGAAGACGACGGCAGCGAAGGACGGGGAAAGCAGGGGUGGAGGAAGACUGUCGCGGACAUCAAAGCGGCAGUCCAGAAAGCCGUUGAGCAGAGAGGCCUGGGUCCUGUGAGAUUAUAA